UUACCGCACUGACGCCCCUAAGGCUUACUAUUUUUCGCAACUCAAACCCCAAAAGCCCUAAUCGGCUAAUCUCCCUCUUUGCUCUUUCAUUUUCUUCACCACCAUGCGCUGCCUCAUUACGCGCAAGCUCUGGAAUGGGCUCUCUGCCGCUGCCUCUCUGAGAGCUCCACCGCUUUGCGGCCAAAUUCAGGCGCGUUACAGUUCUCGGCGGUGGUAUGGACUGGUUCCGAUGGUAAUAGAGCACUCCUCUCGAGGGGAGAGAGCCUACGACAUAUUCUCGAGGCUUCUCAAGGAGCGCAUAAUCUGCAUCAAUGGUCCCAUCAAUGACGACACGUCCCACGUCGUUGUCGCUCAGCUCCUCUUUCUCGAGUCCGAGAACCCCUCCAAGCCCAUCCAUAUGUACCUCAAUUCUCCUGGCGGCGCUGUCACCGCCGGUCUUGCUAUAUAUGAUACUAUGCAGUACAUUCGAUCUCCCAUCAACACCAUAUGCCUAGGUCAGGCAGCAUCAAUGGGAUCUCUACUUCUAGCUGCUGGAGCCAAGGGUCAGAGACGUUCUCUCCCUAAUGCAACAAUUAUGAUUCAUCAGCCUUCUGGUGGAUACAGUGGACAGGCUAAAGAUAUGACAAUUCACACAAAACAAAUUGUUCGGGUUUGGGAUGCUCUAAAUGAAUUAUACUCAAAACAUACCGGGCAAUCAGUAGAUAUAAUUCAGAAAAAUAUGGAUAGAGAUUAUUUCAUGACCCCUGAGGAGGCAAAAGAAUUUGGGAUAAUUGAUGAAGUUAUAGAUCAAAGACCUUUGUCUCUUGUGACUGAUGCUAUUGCACAAGAGGACAAAGAUAAGAGUUCAAACUAGAAGUCAAGGGGAACUUGGUUCUUGGGGUGCAUCUCGGACACGGCUAUUGAGUGCCUUUUGCAUUCAUCAACUAACACUGGGAAUUUCUCAAAAAGCGAGUUUCAUCUUAUUUGGAAUUCAAGUUAUUGUCUUAUUUUCUAUAUAGUAGGCUAUGGGGCAGGCCUAGUUUUCUAGGAGGUUCAUUGUCGCAAAAAAAUGGUUUAAAGUUUGGGGAUGCCAUUGAUAAGUUGUGCCACAGCAAUUAUCUUUGACCAUGUUAAACUUGCUUGUGGCGUUGUUUGUUCUAUUUUUGCUAUAUUUAUCCAUUGAUCUGCACAUAAAAUGAUGAUAUUAGUAAUUUUGUACAAUUUGAAA